UAUAUAUAUGUUUGCCUUUUUUGUUGCUCUGUGUUACAUUCCUCUUUGUGUGGCUCAUUUUGCAUUUGUAUUAGAUUUCAAAGGUAAAGUUUUAUGUUGGGAAUGCUUAACCCUUCUCUUGGAGAAAUAAAGGAUCUUCACAAAGGAGGAACCUAUUAUGUAAGACUCACACAAGCUGAAACUGCCACUCUUUGUUUUUUGAAAUCGUCCUCAAUUAUUGUGAAAACCAUUACUGUAAGCAUUUGUUACAUAUACAGUACAUGAAUUGUGAAAUCUGACUCCAAAAAUACAAUUACAUGUGAAAUGGGAACUUUUUUUUUUUUUUCAGGUACUGUAGUUCUUGUAUGAGUUUAUCAGUUGUAUUUGGUGAUGUUUAAAAAUGCACAUGUGAGAUGUCUCUCAGUGUAAUAUAAUGCAUUGCUUAAUUAACAAGAUAACACACUGAAGAAACAUUUUCAGAGACUCCGGAACUGAAUUUAACCUGAAAUAUCUGUGCUUGAACAUACAGCCAGCAUUGUUAAACUAAACUUUGGGUUUUGGUACCAUUUUCAUAAAUGCAUUUUAUGUUUGAAAAGGUGCUAUUCAGUCCAAUAUUGUUCAAAUAAACUGCACACAUUUUAUUUGGGUUCAAAUUCUAUUUCAAAUUCACACCAUAACUGAAUCAAAUAAGUGUCCUGUAGAUGAAUGCAUAAUAUACUCUAGGUGGCACUGCUUAUCUUUUGUGUUUUUGAAAUGUAAAAUGACUUUUUUUUUCCCCACAAAUACUAAUGUAGCUGAUUCUUAAAGUAUCAUUAUUUCUGCUAUAAUAUGGGUUCUGAUUCUGUUAAAAAAAAAAAAAAAAUCACCACAUAAGCUUGGCAUAAUAGAUAGCCAGGAGAAUUAAUUUUCUUGGAUGAGCCUGUGAAAUCAUUAGAUUCAGGAGCAAAUUUGCACAAGAAAAGAUGAAAAUGUAUUAAGUUUUAAUUGCAAAAAAAAAACAGAGAAAAAAGCUUUCUGUAGCCAGUAUUUUGCCAUUUGUUAUAAGAGUGACAGUUAUGCUGUUAAGUGCAUAACCGGCACUUAAUCCUGAUCUUAAAAGAAAUAGUAUUUAGUAAAUUUAUCAGGUUACAUUGGGCUAAACAUAUGCUUUUAUGUAGCACCUGUGCUGGUAAAUAGUUACAAACUUAAAUGUGCUCAGAACAUCCAGCAUAUUGUAGGCCUUUUAAAAUGAUCUUAUUGCAGUUUAAUUAAUUAUUAUUUAAAUUUUUGUAUCAUUCAUUUUGUACCACCACUGACUUUUGUGAUCCGUUUAACUGUUUUACUGUGACUAUUUACAAUGACAAGUGUUUAGAAUUAAAACAUGCAGAACACAGUAGAAUAAUUCAGAAGGAAAUGCCAAAUGCUGAAUGCAAUGGUCCUCAAUCCCUUCUCUUUUUGAUGACCAAAUGAUUUUCAUAUAUAAUCAUUUGUGUAUUUGUUUGGUUUUUAGUGGAAAUCAAGACAUAUCAAUCUUAAGUUGUGUCUGUAAAUCAAACAAACUUUUAGUUAUUUUGUAAUUUCAAAUGGUGUUCAAGUGGAGUAGCAAAUUAUUUUAUUGACAUUUGAAUUAUGCACCCCAUUAUCAUCCAAAUUUAAAAAAUGGUAUGGAAUAUGAUUUUUGGCCAUUGUCGGACCCAGUUCAAAGUUGAAUGUCUCUUUUGUUCACAAGAACAGUGUUUCUGAUAUUGCUGCUCAAUGCUGUGUGGAUCUGGUCUGUGGAGUAAUCACUUGUUUUCUGUUUCUUGACCAUCUGGUUCUCCUAUGUAUAUCAAAAUAGCUGUCUGUCUUUUAUAGGAAAGAUUAGUGCUGUAGGCGAUCUCCUCAGUGAUUAUGUACUUAUCUUAAUCACUGUAAUUAUCUUAACCCAAAAACACAGUAAUCAGCACUGUUAUCACCAAAUUUGUGACUUCAGAUAUAAUGUCAGCAAUAACUGCGUGAUGUGGAGUAGUCUGUUUACUUUACACUUGUCUGAAAACUUGAAGGAACAUUCCAAUGUUGUAAAACCAUACAUUUCUGAUUUUAUUUUAAUUGUAUUAUCUCCAAAUUGUGGCAGACGGUCUAGUAUUUCUUCGUAACACCUGUCCUCUGUUUUUAAUCCAAGCUUACUUUCUUCACUUGUCUUAUAUGGCCUUUCUAGUAUGUAAAGAGGAAGAUUUUGAUUUAUGUUACUGUGUUUCACACCGGGUUAUGCCAUUUAAUGCCGGCCAGUAUAUUGAUUUGUGGGGUUGAACAAUUAAUUGCAACCACUUGACUUUGUUCAGUACUCUGUACAGCAUAUUAUAGUUCUAAGAUGACCAUCUUUGGCCAUUUUAAGCGCAGACCAAAAAUCUAUAUAUAUAUUUUAGUUUGUUAAAAUAUUAGAAAGUUAGUUAAUUGAUGUAUAAUCAUUCAAUGGUAGUUUUGAUUUUGUGAAGCUGUAAAAAUCUUUCAAGCCAUUUUGGUAUUAACUACAGCAAUCUAGACCUGCAAAUAGGACCAGGGAUUAAUUGCCUUAAUAUUUUACAAAAAACAGUAUAUUUUAAGUUUUGUAGUCCAGGUAUUUCCAUAAUAACAAAAUUACUAUUUUUAUUUCUGGAAACUUGCAGUUUAAAGCAGCAGCCAGCACGUGUAUGGGGGAACAUAGAUUUUAUAAAGGCAUUUGGAGGUUUACAAGACGAUAAAUUGUGUUGAAGCAUUAAUAUCUGCCUAGAUUCCAUCAUCUAUUGCCUGUAUCAAAGCUUUCACUGGAUAAUUCUUAAAAGAUGAUCUGUAAGUAACAGGUUAACAGCAUGGAAAGAGGCGUUUCAGAGCCUGAUCGGAGGUCAUCUUUUAUUGAUAGUAAAUUGUAAAGACCGGAUAAAUUGGCCCUGGCUUGUGUUUCACUAUUUACAUGAAGUAUCUGCUGCUGACUCGUGGGACCCUAACCACAUGAUGUGCUGUGAACCGUGUAUUAGGGUUUGUUGCAACAGUCCAGUUUGCAGUUGUAUUCCAGGUUUCUUUUUUCAUACCUUGUUCUAUUAUUAUUAUUAUUAUUAUUAUUAUUAUUAUUAUAACUUUCUCCAUUUUCAUCUGAUGAAAGGUCAUAUGUACUGCAGUCUCAAAAGCUUGUGCACAUUUUGUGAUAGUUAAGGUCCAUUUUAAAAGAAAACUGAAAGUGUGUUUGUUUUUUGCCUUUUUUUUCUGAUUGUGACCAAAUAUUAUGUUGUGUAUAUAUUUUUACUGAAGCCACAGUAUUGCAAAAGGUAGCUUAAAAGCAAACCUAACAAGAAUGCAUUUAAAGAUUUGUCAUAUUAAUGGUCAUUAAAUGGUAGUCCCAUCCCAUGGCCAUAUCCAAGGGUAAAGAUUAAGUAGCUUCAAAUAUAAUUAAAUUUUUUUUUUUUUUUUAAACAUUUAUGUAUGAGUUCCAAUAAUGAGUUAUAAUUUCUCAGUAGCUGCCUUUUACCUUGUUUUGAGCUUGUCAGGAAAAUCCUAAGUGGUGGGUCUCGUGUCACAUUAUUUGAAUGGAAUGGGGAUACUCCAAGCAUUUAGGAUUCUCCAGACAAGCGUAAGGUCAAAGGCAGAAUUACAUAAAAAUGAUUUCAGUAUUGAAGCAAUGUAAUGAUUGCAAACACCAAAAAAAAAAGCUGCUUACUCUUUUAAGGAUAUAGGUUUGCUUUAGCACACUAACCUUGGCUUAGAAUGAAUGUGGCAUUGGCAUGAUGUGUAUGUGUGUGUGUACUGCAUGUGAAAGAGAGCUACUCUACAAGGAAAAAGUUUAACGUGAGUUAGAAGCACCCAUGUAAUGUGAAGCCAUGCACCUCAGCACUUCUGUAACUUGAAUCGGAUAACUUGAUGCUGUAUGCACUCAUUUGAACAGUUUAAAACACUUUUGUUAUUUUUUUGUUCUCUCUCUGCGUUCCAGAAUUGUAACUGACACGAUCCGCCUCUGAAUCAUUUCGUUUUUGAAUCGCCUGUUUAAUGCUGGUUCUCUUACGUGCUGUAAUAGCUGCAUUACAAUAAUGGGUCCGUCGGAGUGCUGUCUUGGCUGGGAUAAAAUCUGGCAUACGGAAGACAUGACCAAGCCUUGUUCUUCGUCUGUAUGUUGGUGAUGUUGGUCCUCUUGGCCUGUUAGGAGGUGCAGUCUGGCAUUAGAGAUGGUAUCAGGCCAGUGUAUGCUAAAUAACUCUCUUAGGCACAUCUUGUGGAAGCUUGAAAGUUUCUGGACAUCUUGCUUUGCUGUUCGCCAGCACUCUGCUCCAUAGAGAAGGACAGAAAGAACAUCACUGGUGUAGAGCCUGAGCUUGGUUUUUCUGCUGUACAUUGAGGACUUCCACACAGAGCGCAGCUUUGCAAAGGCAAUUCUACCUUUUGUUAUCCUGGACCUUGUUGGUUGAAUUAUAUAGUAAUUGACUUGAACAGCUUGCAUUUAAUUUUUUUUCAGUUACCAAAGCUUUAAAAUCCAUUUUCUUUUUGUUUAUUAAUGUGUGCUGUGCUUUUUGUUACUCUAAUUCGGCAUAUGCAGGUUCAUCAAAUAGCACUCUGUUGAUGAAAGAAAGCUUCUGCUUAGUUGGGUAACAAGGACAAAGCACUUUAGUCCUUUUAAUCUAUUAAAAAUAGGAAGUAAGAAAAUUAAAGAAGUCAUAGUCAAGGCUUUAUAAUACACUGUCUUUCCUCUUGGUAGCAUUAGAAACAUUCUCACUAGUCCACCCAUUCCUGUGUUCAGGAUCUUUUUGUCAUUUGCUGCCUAAGCUAAAUUUUAGAAAACAAGAACCAAAAGAUUUUCCGGGUUCUGUGCUAACGCUAGUAUAAGUUAAGAAAAUAUAAUGAAAGCAUUGAAAUCAAUAUAUUGUUAAGAAACCCGUUAUUUUACCAAUCAUGCUCCCAGGCACAGUCACACUACAGGAUUUGGAACAUCCAUGCCUAAACCUCACAUGCCAGCUUGGAACAGGCUGUCCUAGUGAACAGACUGCUCUUUGCCAUUGUGUGGGUAGCAGGAAGAACAGCUGUUGCUCAGCCUGCAGCCUCACACAUAGCAACUUACAGCUUGUUCCCCUCACAAGGGGAGCCUCCUUGCUAUUGUUUCAACUUAAUGUGAAAAUUAAUUAUAAAUGAUUUCUAAAGAAAUACAUUUUCAUUAAAUUUCCAAAGAUUAUGAUUAUUUGUUGUGAAUUGUCUCAUUUUCACUGUUCUUCAGCUGACAUAGCUGCUGAAGGCACUAAGGAACAUGUUUUGUUUACAGAUUGACAAGAAGGAUUCAAAGAGGCCUGCAGCUGAAACUACCGUUAGAGAAUGAACACAUAAGUUAUCUAGAAUAUUGAUAGCAGUAUAAGAAUAAGAAUGUAACAUUUCUGCAAAUGUACCCUCUGUUAGUUCUUUUAAAGGUGAAAUAAUUAACAUAGUAUAACAUGUUUGUCACUUGUAGUAAAAUGUUGUAACAUAACAGCUGUUUUUCCUUCACAGUAACUUCUGCUAAAUGCAUUUUAGCUUUAAGUGGUGUGUCUCUGGCACUUUGAUGUGACUGAUUCCAUUAUCUCUAUAACAUUUUAGCUUUAUGAAAGAUAUGCCAAAUCACUGCCGAUUACAAAAGGCCUAAGGAUUUGAAUUAAUCCUACUGUAGUACACAUUGCUUUCUGGGCCUUGCCUUGCAGACUGAUUGGCAGGGCUGGUGCAGCUGCGUGGUUCACACUUCCACACAUCCCAAAAUAAACACCAUUCCUCAGCCAUAUAUGUGCAAGAGACUCUUGAACUGAUAGUGAGGCAAAGACAUGCACAACCAACUGCACUGCACAGCUGGCUGCUGCCCUCACUGUUGUACUCUAUCACCAGGCUUCCUCAGCUAGUUGAGGCCUGCUGAACACUUCUAGCGAUGCACAUCACAGAUCUUAACAGAGAGUGCCUCGUACACUUAUUCUCCUUCCUGGACAAGGAGAGCCGGAAACAAUUCUCUGAAACGUGCCAUGACCUGCGCCAAGUUUUCCUUGACCCGGCUCUGUGGACUUUAUUGAACUUUCACUCGCCCUCUGAGCUGAAGAGGGACAACUUUGUGCUGGGCUCAGCCCUGCGGUAUCUGUCUGUGUGCUGGCACUCCAGCCGGGUGAAAGUGUGCAACAUUGAGGACUGGGUGAAAACCACAUUCCAGAAAGACAUCUGCAGCAAGCAUGAAAGCACCGUCAGUGACUUCUUAGGCAAAGUUCGCAACAAGUGUCCCAGCCUGUUGUCUCUGACCCUGUCGGGAUGUGGUCACGUCACAGACCAUGACGUCACGCUGCUCCUGCAGAGCUGCCCCAGGCUGCGGAUCCUACGCCUGGAGAACUGCGUGCGGCUCACUGACUGCACUCUGCAGGCCCUGGUGAGGCACGGGCGCAGUCUUCAGUCAGUCCAGGUGGAUUUCUGUCGGAACGUGACCCAGGACGGACUGCGGCUGGUGCGGGAGAGGCGUCCUUCGCUGGAACUGACCGCAGAAAGGAGCGGCGGCAUGAUUCCUGACAGCAAACCGGGAGAGAAACUACAGCUGGGGAGAACGCUACAAAAACUAUUACAAUACUCCUGAGUCCAUUAAUCAGAAGUUGAUUCUAAUAUAUGUUUUUGUACAACGUUUUGUUAUAUUCACAAAUAUGAUUUUUAUUUUAAGAUGUUUUGUUUUUUAAAUGCUUGGAUUGAGCUUGAAGUGCACAUGACUGUCUACCUGUAAACCUAAUGCGAAAUAGACUGAAAUAAUGUUUAUACAUCCAGCUCAGUAACUGUCUGCACAGACAUUCCUAACUCUUUUGUGCAGUGGGAGGAUUGCUUGGUUGGGUAUGCAAGCAUGUGCAACUGCAACAAAACAAGCACAUCUGAUUUUAAUAUUAACACAUUUUAUUUAUUAGAAUAAAGUUUUAACUUUAAACUAA